GCACAUUUAACGUUAACAUCUAUCGACCUUCGACUAUGUCUCAGCUCUGGAAACCUGCAUCACCACCUGCGACGCGCCUUGGUCGCUAUCGCGUUCUCUCGCCUCGCGCAGGAGUUCGCGUCUCACCGCUCCAACUUGGAGCGAUGAGUAUCGGCGACCAGUGGGAGAAGCUUGGAAUGGGUUCAAUGGAUAAAGAGUCAUCUUUCAAACUCCUUGACGCAUAUUUUGAUGCCGGAGGUAACUUCAUUGACACCGCCAACAGCUAUCAAGAAGAGACGUCAGAGAUGUUCAUUGGAGAAUGGGCAGAGAAACGUGGCAUUCGUGACCAACUUGUGAUCGCAACGAAGUAUACAACGAACUAUAAACGCGCCGCUACGGAUAUUGCUAUUAAGGCCAACUACGUGGGAAACCACUCCAAGUCGCUUAAGCUGAGCGUUGAAGCAAGUCUCAAGAAGUUACGCACGACCUAUAUCGACAUCCUAUACGUACACUGGUGGGAUUUCAAUACGUCGAUUGAAGAAGUUAUGGACAGCCUGCAUCACCUUGUCGUCGCUGGCAAGGUUCUUUACCUCGGUGUAUCCGAUACUCCGGCGUGGGUCGUCUCCGCUGCUAAUCAGUACGCGAAGGACCACGGGAAGACGCCGUUCGUGAUCUACCAAGGCGCGUGGAACGUCAUGCAACGCAGCUUCGAACGCGAGAUUAUCCCGAUGGCACGUGCGAAUGGUCUUGCACUUGCACCAUGGGACGUUUUGGCAGCAGGUCGCCUGAGGACCGACGCUGAAGAGCAAAAACGCCUUGCCUCAGGAGAAAAGGGCCGUACCAUUUUCCGUGCUGACUGGUGGCGGAAUGAAGACGAGAAGAAAGUCUGUGCCGCUCUUGAGAAAGUAGCAAAGGAAGUCGGUACGGACCAUAUUACCGCCGUCGCUAUUGCAUAUGUUAUGCAGAAGACGCCAUACGUGUUCCCGAUCAUUGGUGGUCGCAAGAUCGAACAUCUUAUGGCGAAUAUCGAUGCUCUCAAAAUCACCCUGUCGGACGAGCAGAUCAAGUACAUCGAAAGUGUCCUACCCUUUGAUCCUGGUUUUCCGACAACAAUGAUUGGAGAUGGAACGCCUAACAGGACAACUGCGCUGUAUGACCACGCCGCACAUUGGGAUCGCUGGCCACUCGUCCAGCCUAUCAAGCCUUCUCCUAACUUUUGAAGAUUGAAAAUGUAAAAGUGAAUACACUUUGAAGAAUAUGCUAUGCUUAAAUAUACAUUGAUUACCCUGG